UGGGGCGACGACGGCGGCGGCGACGGCACCAACGCGCACCACGCGGAGUGGGGCGCCCCGGGCAUCAGGAGCUGUGCCAGCCGUUCGCGGGCCGCGGGGCUCAGGCCCUCGGAGGGGUCGUCCAGGACCAGCACGUCCGGCCGCCAAACGACCGCAUCCACCGCUACCGCAGGUGGUGUCGCUGUCGAGGCAGUGGCACACGCUCAACUCUUACGACGUGAUCGGCGAGUUCUCGCGGAAGGAGCUUGAGCCGGUCACCAAGUCGACGAGUUAGCAGCGCUGCACGCGGACGCGAGCGACAACCCGCGCCCCGUGCCCGCUGGAGCGGGCGAGGAAGCGAAGGCGAGGGUGAACAAAAGGAACGCUCUGCUGUCGUCGACCGCGCGGGUCCGCGACGAGUCCGCCUUCAAGGCAUUCACGCCGGAGUCAGAGCAAUCUUUGGCAGCUGAGAUGGCGUUCCUCCGAGUCCUGCACGAGAACAACUGGUGGCACAAGGCGAACGACGCGUGGAUCUGCGGUUUGCUUCCGCAGGGCGGCCUUGUGCGGUUCAAGGCCACAGGGGAAAUGAUGUUCAUCGUCAAAGCGUACAGCUGCGCUGCCCUGUGCUGGCCCGCAGAGGAAGAAUCCCCAGGGAUGUGGCGAAAAGCCAAGGACUGCGCGUCGCUGGUUUGGAAGGUGGUCUUCGGCGAGGACGAGGUGGAGAUUUUCCCAUGCUCCUGGAAAUCUCCCAUCCGCCUCUUCACCGAGGACUUUCCAUGGGGAGCCGAAGCCUUUGUGUAAUUGUUCACGUUUCGCGUAUGCCCACCAGCCCA